AUGGAAAGUGUACCCCCUCCGAACCACGCUGUAUUUAUCUCACGUGAACGAGCGUCAAUCUUUUUGUCAUACAAUGAAUGCAUGAGGAGGAUGAAUUGUGGUUUACCACGUCGUGAAGAAUGUUCAGAAGAAUGUGCUGAUGGUAAUACGGAAGAAGAAAUGGAAGAAUAUACGGAAAUAUUUGAAAAUAUUGAAGAAUAUCGAGCGGAUGCUAAACGCAAACAUCCAAAGAAAUCUGGACAUCGACGAGGUAAAGAUUCAGACACAGACAGCGAUACAGAUACGGAUACUGAUACCGAUACGGAUACCGAUACCGAUAGUGAUGAUUCAGACAGUGACACUGACUCAAAUACAGACAGUGAUACGGACACUGAAUCCGAUACAGAAAGCGAAGAUGAAGAAGAAGAAGAGGAAGAAGAACAACAAGAUAAAUUAAAAAAGAAAGCAAAACACCAUCAAGUAGUUAACAAGAAAACAGGAAAAAAAGUAGUUAGAUCCAAAAAACACUAG